GAAAGUACAACGACAAACCCAUACGACAACCCGGCCCCAGCUCACGGGCCGAAUUUCACCAUCGACCCAGCUUCCCGACUUGAACAUUUCCCUUUUUGUUAAGGUCAAUCGGAUAGAUUCUGUCUUUCAUCAGUCAUGAAGCUCACUUACUCCGGGCUGGCUCUGGCGGCCCUCACUGGCCUCAUUGAACUGGCCUCCUGCAAAACGGUGAAGUUCAAUGUCGAUCUAACAUGGGAGGACGGUAAGGUAGCUGGCAAUACGCGCAAAGCCAUCUGGACCAACGGCCAACUUCCUGGUCCAACGUUGCGAGUCAAGCAAGGUGAUGAUGUGGAAUUCCUCGUCAAUAACUCCAUGCCAUUCGAAACUGCCAUUCACUUCCACGGCAUCGUACAACAAGGUACCCCGUGGUCCGAUGGUGUUCCUGGAAUCUCGCAAGCCCCCAUCCAACCAGGCGACGCUUUUCUAUACAAGUGGAAGGCAGAUGCAUAUGGAACAUAUAUAUACCAUUCACACAUGAGAGCCCAGCUCGAUGAUGGUCUUUAUGGUGCUAUCUACGUGGAGCCUGCGGACUCAGUGGAAAGACCGUUCAGCCUGAUGACCAGUGAUCAGACGGAGCUGCAGGCAUUGUUAGACGCUGAAAAGAAAACACAGCCGGUUAUUAUCUCUGACUGGCGUCUAUUCACUUCCGAAGAGAUUCUUCAGAUUCAAGAAGACUCUGGCUUCUCAAGCUACUGUGCCAGUUCCAUUUUAGUUAAUGGAAAGGGUUCUGUCAUUUGUCCCGGUCAGGAUCAAAUUGACUCUCUUACUCGAGCGGGCGAAAGCCAGGCAUUGGGAGAUGUGAAAAUGAGUGAUAUGGGGUGUAUGCCACCUACUGCGUCACGAUAUGCACGAUACGACUUUGAUCUCACCAAAAUUCCCAAGGGCUACUUCGAGGGCUGCGUGCCGGCUCAGGGUCCGAACCAGGUGUUCAAUGUCGAUGCAUCCAAGAAAUAUGUCAGUUAUGAUGUAUUGAGUAUGGCUGGCAGUGCCUCGCUAGUGUUCUCCAUUGACAACCAUCCGAUGAUUGUCUAUGCGGUUGAUGGACGCUAUGUGGAACCAUCCACCACCUACGCGAUCAAUAUCCCCGCUGGCUCAAGAUAUUCGGUGAUGUUGAAAUUGGAUCAGCCCGCUGGAUCAUACACAGUCCGUGCGGCCAACAAGUAUGCCAACCAGAUCAUUAAUGGCACAGCGACUUUGACCUACACCAACCAAGGGUCUAGCAGCCCCAGCCUAACCAGUCCGCAGAGAACCGUGCCGACCAGCAACAGCAGGCCUGGUUCGACUACCUCGUCGGGGCAAUACAUUAAUGAGCUUGGUACUGUUCUAGAUCGCAGUAAAAGCAUCCUCGAUGACAACACCCUCGUUCCAUUCCCCCGCGAGCCGCCUGCGGCAUAUGCCAAUAAGACAUUCAUUCUCGACAUUGCUCAAUUGUCGACCUCGUAUGGCUGGAGGCUAGGAAAUGAGUCCUAUCCGAUGGAUCUCGAGGAUGUUCAAUUCCCAGCACUGUUCGAUCCCACCUCGAUCCCCACCCAGAACAUGAUCGCAACCUUGAAUGAUACCUGGGUGGAUCUUAUCCUCAAUGUCACCACUGCCGGUCAGCCUCAACAUCCGAUCCACAAGCACUCGAACAAGUUUUACGUGAUCGGACAGGGCAAUUCGGCCUGGACCUACUCCUCUGUCGAGGAGGCGAUGAAGAAGAUCCCAACCAGCUUCAACCUGCAAACCCCUCAGAUGCGUGACACCUUCCAGACCCCACCAUCCCUGGGUGCUCCCAGCUGGAUGGCACUCCGAUACCACGUCACCAACCCCGGUCCUUUCUUCAUGCACUGCCACAUCCAGAUGCACCACAGCGGUGGACUGGCAAUGGCCAUCAUGGAUGGAAUCGACGCGUGGCCGGAAGUGCCUGUGGACUAUGAGCUUGCGGUCAUGCCCAAGCAUUAGACUUGUCUUUCUCUGUGAAUCUUGAACAACAUGUUGUACUAAUCUUGUGAGACCACUUUCUUUGACUAUCCAUGGUGCAUACAUUGGUCCCGGGGUGUCGGCGUUUAGAGGUUUACUUUCACAUUGCUGUUGUCUGUCAUUAUCUUUUACAAGUUCUGUUAACUUGAAGCCCGCUGUAUAUAGAGGUCUGCUUUUCCGUUGUAUAGUGCUGCGAAAUCAGUGCAAUAUU